UCCCCGCUCUUGCAGAUGAUCUGCUUCAGCACAUGGACCAGCGCGAAGCAUGGGACCGCUUCUACGCCCGGAAGGAGAAAGCCGGGACCCCCCGCCCGUUUGACUGGUUCUUUGGAUACAAGGAGAUCUCGCCGCUUCUUGGCUCUGUCCUUCGGGGGCUGCCCCCUGGCCAGGCCCGGAUCCUAGAUGUUGGCUGCGGCACUUCGUCCCUCGGCCUGGAGCUCUACCGACGCUCGCCCACCCAGGUGCACGUCUGUUGCCUGGACUUCUCCGCUCCAGCCAUUGAAUGCCUUGCUCGGCUGCUGCGGGAUAGCCCCCCACCGUGCCACCCCCUUUCCGAGCUGGAUUGCCACCUGGGCGAUGCCACCCAGCUGUCCCACCACUUUGCCCCGGGGUCCUUCCACUUCAUUCUUGACAAAGGGACCUGCGAUUCGGUGGUGCGGGGCUGCCCACACCGAGCAAGGCGCUUAGUAGCGGAGUGCUUGCGAGUGCUGAGCCCGGGCGGGUGCCUGCUGCAGAUCUCCGACGAGGACCCUGAUGCCAGGGUGCCGUUCCUGGAGACGGCCGGCGGGGCCAAUGUCAGCAUCCAGGAGAUUGCCAGCAUUAAUGGCAUCUCGUACUUUGCUUACACGCUCAGCCAAAGGGCCCCGGACCCGUCCGACGUGGGGCAGCCUGCUGAGCCUCUGGUGGGAUCUGACCGGCAUGGGGUGUUGGGUGAAAUCUAGUUAGAGCCAUAACUACAGUCCCAUACGCCCUUUAUCAUACAGGCCAGUCCUUUAGAUGUAUUUAAUUUAAUUGUUUAUUUUCUUGGUUUGGGCUCUUUGAUUUCCCUUUGUAAAGCAAAGCCAUAAACAAACCAUUUUUCUUAUCCUUAUGAGUCUCUUCCAGAUUGUCCCCUUUUUCAGCCUUGUCCUUUAUUUUUUCCAAGAAAAUACGGUCACGGUAGCCAUAAUGCACUUGCUCAUACCUUGCUGGAAAAGAGGCUUAGGUGGGGCUAAAGAAGAAAAAAGCUGGCUUGUCGUGAUCUCUGGGUUGUUAAACUCACUAUAUGAUUUCACUAUAUAUAUAAUUUUACUUGCUGCUGCGUCGGCUUCUAUAGAUGGAAAA